AUGAGUUGGAAAGGUUUCACAAAAUCCAUCAGCAGAGCCCCACAAAGCUUUCGCCAAAAGUUUAAUAUGGGUGAAACCACUAAGGACCAAGUCUAUAUUGAUGCUGAGCGAAGGUUUAAGGAACUUGAGAACGAAACAAAAAAGCUUCACAGCGAAUCUAAAAAGUACUUUGAAGCCAUUAAUGGUAUGCUAAACCAUCAAAUUGAGUUUUCUCGCGCCGUCGAGGAAGUUUACAAACCAAUUUCGGGUAAAAUGUCAGACCCCAAUGCUGCCAAGCCCGAAGGUAAUCCCGAAGGUAUUCAAGCUUGUGAACAAUACAGAGAUGUUGUCAAGGAGUUGCAAGAUACUCUUAAACCGGAAUUGGAAAUGAUUGAAACACGAAUCAUUGGCCCUGCAGACGAAUUACUUACCAUUAUCAAGGCUAUUCGAAAAAUGGCCACAAAGAGAGAUCACAAGCAGCUUGACUUGGAUCGUCACACCAAUUCUCUGACCAAGCUUCAAAACAAGAAGGAACCGACUGCUAAGGACGAAAAGAACUUGUACAAUGCGGAGAACAAUGUUGAAAUUGCUACACAGGAAUACAAUUACUACAAUGAAAUGCUUAAGGAGGAGCUGCCCAAGUUGUUCCAGCUGGAAUCUGACUUUAUUCGUCCUCUUUUCCAGAGUUUUUACUACAUGCAGCUUAACAUUUUCUACACUCUUUAUACCCGCAUGGAGGAAAUGAAGAUUCCUUACUUUGAAUUGUCUAAUGACAUUAUAGAAGCUUUCCAGGCCAAGCGUGGUGAUAUCCAAGAACAAACUGAAGCUAUCGCCAUUACCCAUUUCCGUGUUGGCCACGCAAAGGCUAAGCUUGAAAUGACACGCAAGAAAUUUGGCAAGGACAAAGAGGCGGAAGCUGAGGAAGGUGCUGCUACUGUUAAUGCGGCCCCUCCACCAUAUGAUCCUAAUGCUGCUGCUGCCGCUGGAUACCCUGCCUAUGGCCAACAGCCAGCUUACGGAGCUCCUGCUGCAUAUGGGGCUCCAGCAGCUGCCGCCGCUGCGGUUCCAGCUGCGUAUGGGGCUCCAGCUGCUUAUGGUGCACCCACAGCAUAUGGUGCCCCAGCUGCGUAUGGUGCACCUGCAGCUUACGGAGCUCCUGCAGCUUAUGGUGCACCGGCAGCAGCAGCACCGGCAGCCGCAACUCUUCCUGCUUAUGGCCAACCUGGAACUACUGUUGCUGCAGGUCCUGCUGGGUAUGGCGAUGUCAAAUCUCCAGUUGCUGCACCCGCAGCCCCAGCCGCACCAGCCGCAGCUCCCGGCGUAGAGUACUGCACUGCACUUUAUGACUAUGCCCCACAGGCACAAGGAGAUCUUCCACUCAAGGCUGGUGAGGUUAUUGAGAUUGUGCAGCGCACUGCUGAUGCUAAUGGUUGGUGGACUGGUCGUGUGAAUGGCCAGGUUGGUGUUUUCCCUGGAAACUAUGUGCAACUCCGAUAA